CGAUUUCUCACAUUUCGUCCGAUACUGAUUUACUCUUCUUCUUCCUCCUCCUCCCCCUCCGCCGUUGUUUCAGGCAACCAAUUGGCUUCAGAUUUCGUCUUGGUUUCUCCCGAUCUUCUAUAGUUUUUUUCAUGGAUCUGUUUCACCAACGCGUUGAGCAGUCUCAGGUAACUCCUCCUCAUGACGAUACUGUCCAUGGUGAUUUUGAUAACGAUAUCACGGAAUCGCGAUCCGAGUCUUGUUUGGUUGUGAUAGAGGGAGGAGAUUGCGGCAUGGUUAUUGAAUUAGGUUUGGAAUCUGGUGGUAGUGGUGCUGUUGAGAAUUUAGGUGAUAGUGAUAUUGAUGUCAGUAAUGAUUUUGAUGAAUCUGAUGAAGACGAUUUCUUUGUUGAGCAGAGGGAUUUUGGACCUGAGUUUCGCGAUAUUGUAUCCAUGGGGAGUAAUAUCCGUUUAAUUACCGUCGAUUCGGGUUCUGAUGGUGAUGAUCUUGAGAAUGAGAGGGAGAUAUGGGGGAUUGAUUUGGAUGAAGAAGAUGUAUAUGCGAAUGAUGAUGAUGAUGAAGAUGAAGAAGAUGAUGAUGAUGUUAGUGUGACGAUUCCUCUUUGUUGGGAUUCACUCCAAUUAGAUGAUCGUGGAGUAACUGCUGAUGAAUUUGAUUGGGAGGAAGUUGAUGGUGGUGGUCUUGCUGUGGGGGAUGAGAUAGAGAUACGGAGCGGUUUUGCAGAAGUUGAUAUCAAUGACGAAAGUUCAGUUUCGAUUUCUGUCUCGCCUAUUACCUCCUUAGAGAAUUUAGUGACAAGGGACCAAGCAGAGGGAAAUCUUGGGUGGGAAGUUUUGCUGAAUCAUACUCUAGAGAUCAACUUUGAUGUGGAAAGCAGAGAGCUGUAUAUCGUUGGUGAUCAUGACGAUGAUAUUCAAACAACAGAGUAUGAAAUGUUGUUUGAACAGUUUAGUGAUGCUGAAAUCUCCGUUCUCGGUUCACCUCCAGCUUCGAAAUCUUUUCUCAAGAACCUCCCAAUGGUUCGACUGGAAGGUGAGAACGAUGGUGAUAGUGUGGUCUGUGCAGUUUGUAAAGAUGAGAUGAAUAUCGGAAACGAAGCGGUUCAAUUGCCUUGUAAUCAUAAGUACCAUAGUGAAUGCAUUGUCCCGUGGCUAAAAGUUAGGAACACUUGUCCUGUUUGUCGCCAUGAGUUGCCUACAGAUGAUGCAGAGUAUGAGCAAAGGAAGAUCCGAAGAACAACAAAUACGUUUGGCAUGGUUCUGUAAAUGGUACACAUCAUCCUCAAUAUUGAAUCAAUCAAUUCUGGAUCUGAUAUUUGUGAAGAAUAACUAGUCUGAGCUACGAUAUAAACAAGCCUGGUUUUCAAUUUAUGUGGCUCGAGAUAGCUUCUGUGUUAAAAGGAGUUGGAUUAAUCCGUUUGUGGAAACCAGGGUUGCCGUUUGGUAAACUCUAAUCAUACUAAUUUGUAUUCUGUUACACAUCGCAAUCUCCUUUUUCUUCUCUUUUUUUGUCCAUUUAUAAUGCAGUAGACAUGAAUGUGCAAGCAAGCUGUUAUCAUCCAAUGACUCUCGCUUUG